CCCAGCGCCGUGGCCCCGGCGCAGAGCCGCAGGGUUCGCGCCCUCGGGAGGCUCCUGCGCGGGGCUGCCGGCGAGGCGGGUGCCCAUGGCCCGCGGAGGAGGGUGCGGGCCCGAGGCCUGGCCCUGGGCUGGGUCCUAGCCUGUGCGCGCUGAGCCGCUGCCUGGAGGCGCCCCCCUGGUCCGCAGCGAUGGCGCCCCUUAGGGGGACCGCGGCAGCCCUCGCACGGAGCGCGGAGAACCCCUAACCAGUCCUGGAACCCCCGAGCGGCUGCUGGCGAUGUGACGCGCCCCCGCGGUGGGGACGCGCAGACCCCGAGCGGGGGCGGUGCGGGGAGGGUCUGGCCCUGGGCGCAGCGCCCCGCGGCGCCAUGAACCGUGGACCACAGACCAUGAACGGUCACUUCUGCCGGGCGCUGAUGGAGCGGGGGCCGACGGCGCCCCCCGGCGGCGGCCUGCAGCUGGGGCCCGCGCCCCCGCCCCGGCCCGCGCCCCUGCCCGCGGAGCCCCCGGGCGCCGUGCCCUUCCUGCUGCUCCCGGGCCCCGCCGCCGCCGCCUACGCCGGCCUGUUCCCCUGCGCGCCCGGACCCGGCGCCCUGGGCGCCUACGACGGCGCCUUCGAGCCCGCCUUCGUCCACAAGCGCAACGAGCGCGAGCGGCACCGCGUGCGCUGCGUGAACGAGGGCUACGCGCGCCUCCGCGGGCACCUGCCGCGCGCGCUGGCCGAGCGGCGGCUGAGCAAAGUGGAGACGCUGCGCGCCGCCAUCCGCUACAUCCGGCACCUGCAGGAGCUGCUGCGCGCGCCCGACGGCCCCCCGCGGCCCGAGCCCCCGCGCGACGCCCCGCCGCCCGCGGGCGCCCGCCUCCCCGCCUCGCCGGGCCCGGAGCCCGAGGCGUCCAGGCAGUGA